AUGGACAAGUUCAGGAAGAAGGGGCAGAACAUCAAGCUCUUCUUCAAGACGGACUGGAACAUCGUCCGGGCGAGGAGAUAUGCUCGGCGCGGCGGGAGGGAAAUACGAUAUGGUGCCGGACGCUACCUCGCGAACAAGUUUCCCAUCGUUCAGUGGAUUGCAUCGUACAGUCCAAAGUGGUUGUUUGGUGAUGUGCUCUCGGGUGUGACUGUCGGGGUCGUGCUGGCACUUCAAGCCGUGAACCUGCCGUCGUCAGCCGGGGGAGCGAUAUCAACUCAACAGACACUCAUCGCCAGUUGGCUUCCUGGGUUCAUCUAUGCCUUGACGGGCUCUUCCAAGAACAUCAGCAUCGGGCCGACCUCAGCAGGCACAUUACUAUCUCUUCAAAUCAUCGGACCCUUCGCCGCAGCAGCCCGGAUCCCUCCUUUCGUUAUAUUGCCAGCGUUGACUUUUUGUGUUGGAAUAUGGUUCUUGCUGUUCGGCGUGUUGGGGCUCGGCUUUUUGUUCGACUUGAUCCCCAUUUCCAUCAGCCUGGCAGUGGUCACCACCAUAGCACUCAACCUCAUCAUCGUACAAGUCCCCACGUUACUCGGUCUGAAUGGAAUUCCUCCCAUCGUGCCCGCUAUCCCGCCGGCGGUGAUCCAGAACUUCACCAGCAUCAGCCUGAGGACACUUGCGAUCAGCAUUUCGGCCAUUGUUUUCCUGGCAGCUCUACAAAUAGUCUCACAGAAAUUCGGCAAGAAAAAGACUGCCGCGGGCAGGGCCGCUCGGGUAGGAUUUAACAUGGGUGGCCUGUUGGUUGUUUUGAUCUUCGCCAUUGUCAGUUUCCUGUUUCUGCAGAACAUCCCCAUCGCUCAGCAAGUCGCACCAUCCCUCCCCCCGACGAUGGGAGGUUCAGCAGCAGCACCAGCAUCUGGUCCGGCAGCCACUUCUUUGCCGCCGCAAGCGUCAGUCAACACCACCAGCACCGGGGCGGCGCAGAUCAUCAUCCCGGCCAAGCGGGAAGAGCCUCAGUUUGCCCCUGGAGCCGAGUUCCCUUCUGGAAAUAUCGGCUCAGGCGUGCAACGUCGAAGUGAACUACUGCCGAAUGGCCAGCCCUCCAACGUCUCGGUCGCUGCAGCGUCGACGGCUUCUGCGGCCGGCGCUCCUCCACCACUGCCAAAGCUGCCGUUCUGGGCUGUGUUCCCUGGCUUCCAGGCGUCGAUCGUCUCGCCACUGCCGCCAAUCACGGACCUCAUCAAGGCUCUGUUGCUUCCCAGCCUGCUCGUUUUCAUCGUGCUCAACAUCGAACACCUUGUCAUCGCCGAGACCUUCGGCCACUACCACACUUACACCGUUUCUCAGAACUCCGAAAUGUUCGCCGCCGGCCUGUCGAACCUGGCUGGGGCGUUCUUUGGUGGCGUCCCCGUCGGAGGCGGAGAUAUGGCCAGGUCGUCGCUGCUCGCUGUGACAGGGGCCAAGAGCCCGCUCAACCAGAUAUUCACAGCUGUUACUGUCCUUGUUGUGAUGAUGCCACUGAGCGGUGCCCUGAGGUUCCUUCCUCAGGCCGCCCUCUCCGCAAUCAUCGUGGUCGCGGUGAUCGACCAGCAGCCGCCGCAGAAGCUGCUGGGCGAUUAUUUCCGGCUGUCGUUCGCCGACUUCUUGGCUUUCUUCAUGGCUUUCAACAUCGCCAUCGCCGUCCCGGCCGUCGGAGUUGCAAUCGGCACAGCGGUGGGCGUGGGGCUCCUGGUCCUGUACACCCUGUUCAGGGCCAUGUUCUCGCGGCCCAAGGCCAUAUACGCCCCCGAUCUCGAGUAUAUGUUCAAGGAAAGGGAGUUUAGGCCGUGGCAGCAGGGCGACAUGAUUCCUCUGGGGACCCAAGUGCUGAAGCUGGAGACGGACAUGGUGUGGACGAACGCCGACCGUAUCAGGAGGCAUGUCGUCGAUACCUGCAUGAUAAACAACUCGGGCGUGGCGGUCGACAGCCUCGACAAACCUGAGCGGCCGUGGAACUUCCGGAUCCACGCGCACGUGGCGGCGCUGAGACGGAAGCACAACGUCAUGGUCGACGACGACGACUCCGAGUCCCUCAUCCAGCGCCGCCCUCGCCUGCGCGUUGUGGUCCUGGACAUGACCUCGACCUCGUUCAUUGAUUCAUCCGCGAUCCUGAAUCUGGAGAUGAUGAAGAGGCAGUUGCGAGAGUGGGCAGGGGAGAGCGUGGAGUUUCGAUUCGUGGGGCUGAAUGCGCAUGUUCUGAAGAGGUUCGAGCGGGCCAAGUGGCAGAUAGUGGACCCUUGUGGGCCCAGGGUGGUUGAGGAGGGGGAGGAGUACACGACGAGGGACUUGAGGUUCGAUCACCUGCCACACGCCAUACACUUCAUGAAUCCCCAAAUGACGUUGAAUGGUAUGUGGGAGGAGGUUGCGGUUGUUAUGGGAGGAGACAUCGACAAGAUUGACAAGGCUUAUGUCUAG